AUGUUGAUGUCAAAUGUUGAUCCACACAAAGCUAUUAAAAAAGUUGUACUGAAAACUCUCGGUGAACGAGAUUAUUCCACUCAAGAAGUAAUGCAUCAUCUAUUUUCAUCAAAAUUACAUAGUUCAUCAUUCAAUGUUGUUCCUGUAAGUCUCAAUGGCUCGCGUAGAGUACAUACCAACCACUCUGUUCAUAAUGAUAAUAUCAGCUGUACAAGCAAUUCGCCUCUAGAUGUUUAUGCUAAUCGUCAGCAUUAUGAUAGCUCACCUGAGGCAAUGAACCUAAAUUUUGUACAGUUUACUACUAAAUACAAAGUUGAUGAUGGAAACCUCACAAAAUUACCAGAUAAUGUCAUUCCUCGCAUUUUCCCAACUUAUUCGUCCAAUCCAAAAGGGUCAAAUUUUCCGAUCCUAAUUAUUGCAAGUAUCAGUUGUUAAGGUACAAACCUUGGAAACAUACUCAAAAUGAUGCAUGGGGUAACCAAGAACCAUGUGAUGAAGUAUUUGUUUCUCAGUGGCAAGAAUUUUUGCAAACACCCUAUGCACAAGCUAAUGUACCAGACUGGUUUGAUAAACUUGAAAAUGCUAUCCAGAGUCAGGAAGAAACUGAGAAUUCUCCUCAGGAACAAGAUAGUGUAGAUCGCGAAGAGUGGAUGGUCAUAUCUGAUCUCCAUACUCCAUUUGAAAAUUCUGAGCAAACAGAAUCAACUGGCUACUGGCAUCAAGAUAGAGCUAGCUACACUGAUCAACAAAUUGGUGAAAUGCCUAAUUGGAUUAAAACCAUGAAGGAACAAUCAAGUACUACAGUACAACAGCCCUAUGAUGUUGUAGACAUAAGCAGUUUCAGUAGAAUGCAACAACUUGCAUAUAAUAUCGUAAAAACACAUUUUGAAGAUGAAUCUCCAGAAAAAGAACCCUUGUUUCUUAUCAUAAUAGGUGAAGCUGGCACAGGUAAAAGCUAUCUUAUUAAUGCCAUUCGUAAUCUUUUGCAAAGUAAAUGUGCAGUAACUGCUACAACAGGAAAAGCAUCUUUCAAUAUUAGAGGUGUUACAAUUCAUUCCUUAUUGAAACUACCAAUAGGAACAAGAGGUAACAAAGAUGUUACAGGGCAAUCUCUUUGCAGAUUACAGGAAAGCCUUAACGGUAUUGACUACAUUAUAGUAGACGAAUAUUCUAUGCUUGGGCAAACUACAUUUGGUUGGAUUGACAAACGCUGCAAACAAGCAACUGGUCACCAUGACCGCAUUCUUGGAGGGAAAUCUUUCAUUUUGACUGGCGACCCUGGCCAGUUGCCCCCUGUUGCAGAUAAACCACUUUAUCAUCCCAAACCAUCAAAUGCUUUUGCAGAGCAAGGGUACCAAACAUAUAGAAUGUUUAACAAAGUGGUUAAACUUACUGUUAAUCAAAGAGUACAAGGUGCCAGCAUACAACAGCAGCAGUUCCGAGACUUGCUUAUGAGAUUGCAUGUUGGUGAUUCUACAUGCAAUGAUUGGGAAAUGCUAUUGACACGGCAACCAGCAAAUAUAAGAGAUCUAACACUAUUUAAUGAUGCUACUAGAUUGUUUUAUAGCAAUGACCAAGUUGCAUCAUAUAAUCAUGAUCAACUUAUAAAACUGCAACAACCUGUUGCUGUUGUUAAUCAUUCCAUUCUUCAGUAA